CUCUCCUCACACACACUCAUGGCUCUUCAUCAGCUGGUGCUGUUCUUCCUCUUCCUCCACUGUGGACUCUCAGAUUAUUGGAGCAGCAUCAGGAUGUUGUCUGUACAGAAUGGCCAGCCAGCCAUCAUCCCCUGCCUGUAUGAGAAGGAACACAAAGAUGAUACUAAGCUCUGGUGUAGGAAAGAUGAUCUGUCUAAGUGUGCUCCAGCUGUGAACAGCACACAGAGUCAGCGUCCUGCUGGUGUGUCCAUUUCUGAUGACAUCACACAUGGAAUCUUCACUGUGAAUAUGACGAACAUCAGCCGUACAGAUUCUGGUUACCAUUGCUGCACUGUUAAACCCAGAACUGAGCCACCCAUAACAAAAGACUGCACAAACAUAAAAGUACAAGAUCAUCCAGUGCUGAUCGUAGACAACGCCAUGAUAAGCGGGAAUGAGAGUGGGACUGCCUCUUUUAGCUUCCAGUACCGUUACUCUGGAACGUCCCAGAUGUUCUGUCAGCUAAGAGGGGAGUGUGUGGUAUCAUCAGCCACUGACCCUGGAUCUUUGAAUGGGAUGUCAGUGAUGCUGAGUAACGUAGCUCGGAGAGUGACUCUCAAUGGCCUGCAGAGGAAGAACACUGGCUGGUAUGUGCUCUCUAUUUGGCCAUACCAGAUACCUGUUCAUCUCAACGUGAUUGGCAUCGAACCAACCCCAGUUCUUGAUGUUGUUGCAAAGUGGCCCGGAUCCACUCAUGACUCCAGGUUAUUGAUGGAGAGUGGUCUGAGGGAGCUGUUUGAAAGGCGUCAUGUGCCAGCUGGAUGUCACUUGUUGGGGGACAGUGGCUAUCCCUGCAAGUCGUGGCUCCUCACACCCUAUCUCCAUCCACAAGUGGGACCACAGCUAAAUUACAAUAGAGCACACAAGAAGACACGCAGUGUGGUGGAAAGGGGGAUUGGACAGCUAAAGCGACGUUUCCACGUUCUCCACAGUGAAAUCCGCCUUAGUCCCGAGAAGGCAAGUCAAGUAAUCACUGUGUGCGCGCUUCUUCACAACCUGUGCCAACAAAGAAACAUACCCCAACCAGGAGAUGGUGAUGAGUUUGAGGAAGAUAACGAUGACAAUGACAAUGACGAAAACCAUUUUUUCGACGGAGUGGAACAAUGUGGACUGCCAUUCAGGGAUCACUUUGUCCAUACACACUUUGGGGGUGAUGGCCACGCACCAGCAGCAGAACUGAGGGGAGAGGCAGGUGAUGCUAUAGGGAUCGUGGAGGAAGAACCUGGAAGAGGAAGAGGUGCUGCACGAAGAGGUGGCGUAAGAGGAAGAGGUGCAGUAAGAGGACGAAGAGGUGCAGUAAGAGGACGAAGAGGAUCUCCUGAGACGAACACAAACACGACUGCUUCCAACCCAGACCAUCAUGGAAUGGUUGAGGUGCUAGUCCCAGUCUGUAUUGCUGUGCUCAUUGUCCUUUGUGCUGUAGUGGGUCUGGUACGAUGGAGACGAGGAAAGAGAAAGCCACCUCAACAAGCUGCUGCCGAUGCAAACUCAGCUUGUGAGACCAUCCGCCUUGAUGAGACACGCAGGAAGGUGUCACCGAAACACGUCGUAUCUGCUGAUGCCGUCUACGUGAAUGACAUGCGCUGGGAGAGGUCACCAAAACAGGCACUCAAGGUCUCUGCAGCUCGAAAUCUUUACACUGAAGUCCGAGUUUGAUACAAAUAAGCGCCUCAUCUCUUCAAUUCAAACAAACAAAAAAACAUCAAACAUAUGGAACACAUACAGUACAACCCCACCCUUUUCUAUUGCUUGACCUCGCGCUCUCUUUUCAUGAUUAAAAAAAAAAUAUUUGAUACAUUGUUUUAUCUUGUAUAUUUGGUUUUCUUGUUAAGUUUACGUUUGUUGUUUGUUUGUGGUUAAAGGUAAACUAUGCAACGUUUUUCAGUAAAUCAAUUCGUUCCAUACUGUUAUAUAUGAAUAAAUGAGUCAUUCCCGG